AUAGAAUUCCAAGCUAAUCUUGAUAAAUAGAACCUCAAUUUCCUUCUAUCUUUAUUUUAUUAUUAUUAUUAUUCUUUUUUUUUUUUUUUAAACCAAUCUCUCUUCCAUCUCAUCCAUUUUUCUUUUCCUUAAUUCAGCAUGGCAAGAUUAAUGAUGUUUUUGGUAGCAUGUGCUUUAGCGGUUUUAGCUUCUUCAACGGUUUCGGCUGCAAUAGUGGAGCAUUCUUUCAUUGUGAAAAAUCUAAUGGUGAGGAGGCUUUGCCAUGAGCAAGUCAUAACUGCAGUGAAUGGAAGCCUGCCGGGUCCAACUAUACGCGUAAAGGAGGGUGAUACACUUGUCGUCCACGUCUUCAAUGAAUCACCCUAUAAUCUUACAAUUCACUGGCACGGAGUAUUUCAGCUUCUGACCGGUUGGGCAGAUGGACCCGUUUACAUAACUCAGUGUCCAAUACUUCCCGGAUGCAAAUAUACCCACAGAUUCAACAUCACUGGACAAGAAGGAACACUCUGGUGGCAUGCCCACGUGUCUUUUCUCCGGGCAACCGUCUAUGGAGCUCUCAUUAUCCGACCAAGAUCCGGUCAUUCCUACCCAUUUCCUAAACCACAUAAGGAGAUACCCAUCUUACUCGGCGAAUGGUGGAAUGCUAAUGUCAACGACGUUGAGGCCGAAGCCCUUCUUACUGGAGCUGCUCCAAGCAACUCCGAUGCUUACACAAUUAAUGGAAGACCUGGUGAUCUCUACCCGUGCUCCGAAAAUAAAACAUAUAGGCUGAAAGUGAAGAGAGGAAAAACCUACAUGCUAAGGAUAAUCAACGCUGUACUCAAUAGCCAGCUCUUCUUCAAGAUAGCCAAUCAUAAAAUGACAGUUGUCUCCGUCGAUGCCGCUUACACGGAACCCUAUGUAACCAACGUCGUCGUUUCGGCUCCCGGUCAGACCGUUGACGUCCUCGUCACCUUCGAUGAGCCUCUGGGCUCUUAUUACAUGGCAGCCAGUCCCUAUGCUAGCACUUUUCCGGCAAUACCCUUCGACAACACUACCACGACGGGAAUCAUCCAAUACGUGGGCUCCACGUCGCAAACACCAGUCAUGCCAGCUCUUCCAGACUUCAACGACACGCCAACGGCCCACAAGUUCUAUUCCAACCUAACCGGCCUGGCCAAUGGGCCACAGUGGAUCCCGGUCCCACUCGACGUGGAUGAGCACAUGCUCAUUACUAUAGGACUGAAUUUCGAACUGUGCGCCACGUGUCAAGGAGGGCAGCGAUCGGCUGCGAGUAUGAACAACCAGUCGUUCAUGCUACCGGAGAAGCUGUCCAUAUUGGAAGCUUCGUUUUACAAUGUGAGCGGGAUCUACACCGCUGAUUUCCCUGACGAGCCACCAGUGAAGUUUGACUAUACGAAUUUAAACCUCAGCACUGACCCGUCGCUGGUAUAUACUCAAAGGACGACGAAAGCGAAGAAAUUGAAGUUCAAUUCCACGGUGGAGAUUGUUUUCCAGAACACCGCGUUUUUAGGGAUUGAAAACCAUCCUAUGCACCUUCACGGUUACAGCUUCCAUGUAUUGGCACAAGAGUUUGGUAAUUACGACGCCGUUAAUGAUCCCAAAAAAUUCAAUUUGGUUAACCCACAAGCAAGAAACACCAUCGCCGUACCAGUUGGAGGCUGGGCCGUUAUCCGAUUCCGAGCAAAUAAUCCAGGUGUAUGGAUAAUGCAUUGCCAUCUGGACGUUCACUUGACGUGGGGCUUGGCUAUGGUCUUUGAGGUGGAAAAUGGACCCACCCCAUCUUCUACGUUGCCUCCACCUCCAUCGGAUUUGCCCAAGUGUUAGAUUAGAGAUGGAGUUUAAACCAAAAUCAAGACCAAAAUAACCUAUUUCCUCAUAACCUGUUUGGCAAAGCUAGUAGGGAAUGAUUUUGAUUAAAAGUGUUUUUGAAAGUUAAAAGUAUUUUUUUAAAAUUAUCAAAACAUUCUUUAAAACAGUUUUAAAUUUGAAAAAUUAUUUUUGGUUUCUAAAGACUCUAUCAAAUAAAACCUAUAUAUGAUUUUUACUAAUUUGGGUUCUAUUAUUAUUAUUAUUGUUGUUAUUAUUAUUAUUUUACUUUUAGUUACAAAAAAUUAUAUUCAGAAUAACGAGUGAUUGUCAUUAUUUUAAUUUGUAAGUUCUAUAUUGUACUAUUUGGUCAACA